AUGAAUCCCGGCAUUAGCGUGCUUGAUUCGCUGGGGGUCCUUUCCUUGAUUCUGGACGUCGAUGCGAAGGUUCAAUGGGUACCACUGAUCAGAACCGGGCAGAUAAACUGGCCUGUGGCUUACGCCUGGAUUAAGCACAGGGCAAACCAAGAUGUUGUGACCAAGAAGGUACUGAUUGUCGAUGAAAUCAUCAUUCGCAUUGAACAGUGUUGA